CGCAUUUUAUCAGUUGCUCAACGAUUUUCGGCGGUUAUUUUCGAAAAAGGAUGCUUGGGUGACGAGUUCAAAAAGAGCCAUUCAGGGAAAGAUAGUGUUCUGCAUUUCAUGUAAAUUUGUGCGUAAUCAUAUCCUCUGUCCUCGGUUUGUUCUUUUGCAUGGCAAAGGAUUCCUAGAUAUUCCCGACCCUUGUCAGUAUGCUUGUGCGUCUGUGAACCUGCCGGCAGGUAGUGCUCUCCAAAAAUUGCAUUCAUCCGGUGCAAUUCACCUAAUGCACGGUACAACGAAGUCAGUAUUCUGAAAAUUUGAUGGAAACGAGAAGAAAGAAAACAACCGAAACUAUCUUGUAUCUUUCGCGGGUUGCAAGUGUAUAGACAUAUAAUUCGUGUAUUUAUGUUACUAUCAUAUCGUUGUGCAUCCUCAAGUGUGCUUUUAACAAAUUUUAAAACGCUUUCAUCUUUGUUUCACUGGAUUCUCUCCGAGCUGUCGCACCUAAAAGUCCAAACACCUCACUCCGUGUUUUUACAGAAAAUCAAUUUUAAUAUUUGAUUCAGAUAAUAAGAUUGUCGUUACUCGAACUAACCCCGCAGCACAUUAGCCUUCCCAACAGAGCUAAUUUGUACCGUUUACGUAUGUUUGAACGAAGAUUAAGGCGUAGUGUGGUAUAUUAAGUGAGAGUACAUCCUUUUAGGGAUGAAGAAUUUCCAAUUAGUGUAAAGUGCAUUGAAGGUGGGUUUUCCGGAGUGCUCCGAAAGCGAACUUCAGAAAGGUUCCUUGAGAUUAGUGUUUAAAUUUUAUGCAGAACGUCUACCAGCAGCUGAAACGGUGUUCCGAGGGCUGAUGCAUUAGAUAUUUAUGAAGAUGAGCCACUCCAUCUGACAUUAGUGAAUUUGGAAAACCGAGAAAGUCAACUUGAGCUCGGAGUACAUGUCAUCGUUUUUCCUGGCUCUCCUUCGCCGUAUGAUUGUGCUCUUACUAACAACGUUCGAUCGAAACGAUUCAAUGGACUCGGUAGAAGAUAUCCUGUACGAAGUAUGCCUAUGAAAUAAUAAUAUCAUUCGCUCGCAUCCUGCCCCUAGCUGGUAUUCCCGUCUACACCCCGCAGUUCAACACGCCGGAAGUCGGAGCUGAGAAGUUAGAAGGCAGAGAUGAGUCUUUCGCCGGGAGGUGAACUUUCAUAACGCGGGGAGAGUGAGGCGGGAAAAGACCAAGAUCUAGUUCAGAAGCUGAACUAGAGGAUUUCCAAUGGAAAAUGAGUUUUAAGUGUCAAGUGGAAAAUUGUUGAAAAGUGCUGAGUGCUUUCUUUCGUUCGUUUUCCACACUUCCCAUUCGACCGAUGCAGAUCUUCUGUUUUCGACCGUAUUUGUUCUCGUCUGGCGGCGAAAAUCACAAAUUCUAGAGAUUGUCACCUGGACAGGUGAUAUCUGAACGGAAUACCGAAUAACGAAGAAGCACAACUCACGUCCGGCUCGUCGUCAUCCUCCCGUCUGCAUCCAAGGGCUUUCGAACCUUCGCUGCUUUUCUUGAAUUUCGCCAGAAGACACUUUCGAACGCUUUCCUAAAUCACAUGAAUGAAGGAUGGGACUCCCGAGAUUCCUGUGUAGCUGUUUGAUACUUCUUUUAUUUAAGGCGCAAGGUAUAUUUGCGGUCAGUUGGGAGGAUUGGUGGACAUAUGAUGGCAUAUCAGGUCCAGCGUUUUGGGGGCUGAUUAACCCCGAAUGGUCACUCUGCAACAAAGGACGUAGACAAUCACCGGUUAAUUUAGAGCCACAGCGUUUACUGUUCGAUCCUAAUUUAAGGCCUUUACAUAUCGAUAAGCAUAGGAUUAGCGGCACCAUAACGAAUACGGGACAUAGCGUAAUUUUCACAGCCGACAAUGAUACCGCCAUGAUGUACGACGGCCUGCAGACACCGGUGAACAUCACUGGAGGUCCUUUGUCGUAUCGAUAUCGAUUUCAUGAAAUCCACAUACACUACGGACUUCACGAUCAAUUUGGUUCAGAACACAGUGUGGAAGGAUACACUUUUCCAGCAGAGAUCCAGAUUUUCGGCUACAACUCACAACUGUAUUCAAAUUUUUCCGACUCUUUGAAUCGAGCGCAAGGAAUCGUUGGAGUAGCAAUUUUAUUACAGUUGGGCGAUCUGUCGAAUGCCGAGCUGCGGAUGCUAACAGAUCAACUGGACAGAAUCAAGUUCGGUGGUGAUGAGUCUCCAGUGCGGCGGCUGUCAGUUCGCGGGCUGCUCCCCAACACUGACCACUACAUGACUUAUGAAGGAUCUACGACGUCACCAGCUUGUCACGAGACGGUCACGUGGAUUGUAUUGAAUAAGCCAAUUUAUAUAACUAAACAACAAUUAUUUGCCUUACGCCGGCUGAUGCAGGGUGGACCUGAUCAUCCAAAGGCACCAGUAGGAAAUAAUUUCAGACCACCGCAACCUCUUCUCCAUCGGCCUAUCAGAACUAACAUAGAUUUCCGAACGAAACAAAGUGGAAAAGCGUGUCCCAGUAUGUACCGCGACGUUCAUUAUAAAGCGAACAGUUGGAAACAACACUAAGUAAUAGUGAGAAUUCAAGGGAUCUUCCAUAAGACUAUAAGCGUAAUCUAAAAAGUUUUGUAAAAGAUAUCAUGUAAGAAAUUGGAUGAAAACUUAUUUAAUUGAACCACCCACCCAACCAGCAAAUGGUUUGUGCUAGGAGUGCAAGCUGUAGCGGGUAGAAGUGAACAUGUGAUGGUAAAUUUAAAAGAGCAGGAUUCUACGAUGGAGGUUUAAGGGAUGUUCUUGUACCUGCGUGUGUAGUGUAAACAUUUUUUCUCCAAAUCUAUUCUGCAUCUCCAGAAUCACAACCUGCUGCUGACUGUUAAUUAGCGUUCCUCCAAGGAAGUCGCUUCCGAACAUUUUCUACAAUGGACACGGAUGUGUGAUGUUCUGCUGGCCUAAGAAGUACUUUGACGGAAAGUGUCGUCGAAGAGGAAUCCAUAAUGUGAUUGACGUCUGAAAAGGAAUGAUUCGCUGCAAAAAUGUUUAUUUGACUCACGUAAGCAAUGCAAAGAAAUAAUCGAAAAAGAGCAUUAAUCAAAGGUUUGGAAUAUUGCCCGACAACGGACCCGACCAAUGUCACAUGUUACGCAAACCUCAGUUUGAACGUAGGCUAAACAUAUCAGCAUUUAGGUUGUAAAUACCGUCUUAAGUGUAAAAAUGGACAAAUAAACAGAUAUAACGUUAAUUAGCUUAAAAUAAUUAGAACUGUGCAUAUCGUACGUACAAGUCAGUAGCGUGUACUGCGUUGAGAGCUAGCGUAAUAUUAUACUAUUUACAAACGCUGAUUUGUUUGAAUUUGAACAUAUGCAUAUGAAUAUCGUUAAAUCGCUUACGUGUUUUGCAUUGGGGCGAAAACGCUCUAGAAAGGUUUUGAUUUGAAACGCUGGAAUUUGAAAGUUCCGUGAAUGAAAAUAUUUUGGUAAUAACAGAAAAAAAACCCAAGCAUAACAAAGAAAAUCAAUGUGUUCGGAAAUUGUUGGAAUAUCUGGAAAUUAAUUUUGCGCGGAAUUCAAGAAUUCGAUUGGAAUAAAUGUUGCUUUCUGUAGAAAAUUUGUAUAUGAAUUGUAAUUAAGAUAAUAAAAGAGAGAGAAUAUGUUAUA